CGCGGUUUCCAAUAUGGCGGCUGAAGCUACAUUUCUUGGAGGUUAUAAAGUUGGGCUGAUUUCUGCUUCUCUCUCCGCCAAGAGCGAGAAAGAAGGAAAGAAAAAGAAGAGAGAUAGUAGCUUCCUUUUCGAUAGUGGUGAGGUUGCACAGCCUACGUUUAUUCCGGUUAAAAAGAAGGUAAAUAUUAACAAAAUAUUGCAAAAACAGUAUGUUGCCCAGUUUCCGGACAUUGAAGUUUACAUCACUUUUACAAUGUAUUCACUGAUUUACAUUACUGGUAUUUACAGCUUUAUUUGAAUAUUGGGCCUUGGCGGGUUGUCACAAAUUUUGUCGUGUUUAAAAGCAUCACAAUCAUAUAUAAUUUUUAACUCGACUUUUUAAAAUAUACUGUAGAAGAAGAUCAAAAGUGAAGAUAAUGUGGCUAAGCAAAAUGUUCCUGAUGCAGCUGCAGGUUUGUCAAAUUAUGUUUAUCCUAACCCACCCUGUUAACUUUCCCUGUUGGCUGUGACGUAGCCAGAGGGGCGGGGAGGGGGUGGGGGUUGUGGCGAAGUAUUAAAUAUAUUGGGCCCCCUUGGGAAAAUUCUGACCAGUACAAGCAUGUGCCUUAUAUUUUUAUUUCUUGUAUUAAUAGAAAUUACAGUAGAAAGUAGAGUUUUUAUGUGUUAAAUAGCUAUUUAAAAUCACUAAAUGCUGAAAAUCCCUAGAAUUUAAAAAUUUUAACCCCCCCCCCCCUAAAAUUUCCCUGUACUAUAUUAUGCAUUGGAUAACAUGGGAGUUCAUAUAAUAAACAAACUUUUUUCAAACUAGCGUAGGUUGAAAUUGUUUGGGCCCCUAUUGGGAUUUUUCAGCUCCCCUUGACUAGAAAUCCUGGCAGAACCAUACACAGUGGGAUGGAGGAUAUACAGGACUAUUCUUGACAUAUAGGCCUUACUGUGCCCCCUAGCUGCAUCACUGAUCACUCCCUGUCGGAGGAAACUGGAAUGCCCUGAGAAAACCAACAACUUUAGCCGGAGCAUUGACAAAGAAACAAGAAUUGAAUGCAUGAUUUCAGAGGUGGUUUCAAGGUGUUUGCUCUGAUGACUGCACCAGGAGAUAGAGUUUUGACAUUGUUAAGGCCCACACAGACCGGACGCGAUUCGGCAACACAACGCAAAUUUUCAGUUUUCAAAAACAAAUAACUGUGAACAGGUAAAAAUUUUUACAAGAUAUGCAGACCAAAUAGCUAAAGUUGCUUAAGUGGUCCCGAAUAUUUGAAAAACACUGAAAAAUAUUAAAGUUAAAUGUCAUUGAAAAUUGAAAAUUUGUGUCACGUUGCCAAAUCGUGUCCGGUCUGUGUGGGCCUUUAUGCUAGUUAUGACAGUGAUGUUUAUGCUUACAUUUCAGAGUAGAUUAUGCUUUCAGAAGAGAUAGUACUCUUUCACAGAUUAGAUAAACCAUUUUACCUUGUCUGACAAUGUCUGUAGCCAUUUCGCUAUUCAGUAUCAUGACAACUGCCAUAAUUAGCAUAUCAAAUACAAGGUAUUGGAGUUGAUUAUUAUUGCUAUUCAAAAUCCUAGAUUUUGGUGUUGAAAAUUUAGAAAAUUGCCACUAUUAUGUGUCAUAAUAAAUUGUUGUAUAUUGCAUGCAAGUAAUAAGCAUACAAUUCAGUAAUAAUUGUGAUACACAUGUAAGUUUGUAACAUAUGUAAGUCAAAGUAUAACUUUCAGCACAAUGCAAAUAACAAUUUAAUUAAAAAUAAUUUACAAUAUAAUAAUUAAUGUAAUAGAUAACGAGGAUGAAAAUAAGCAGACAAGAAAGAUGAGCAAAACACCAAAGAAUAAAUCAUGUGAUGAUGAUUCUGAGAGACUUGCUAGAACAAUAUUUGUUGGAAAUCUUCCUCUGUCAAUGACAAGAAAGGUGAUAAAACUCAAAAAAGAAACAUGGAAACAAUUGUGUUUUUUUGUCCAUACAUGCAUGAAAAAUACAAAAAAUGACUUACCAUGUGGACUGUAGGUUUCAUAUAUAGAUUUAAGCAGUACAAAGUAAAUUUAUAAAUAUUUACUAGAAGAGACGUUCUUGUAUAUCACAUAUUGCUGUUGCUAUGAAAUUUCACCAUUUUUUCACUUUCGGCUCGAAAGUGGUGCAUUUUACAGCGCGUAGCCUAAUACUAAAAUACUCAAAAUUUGCUAAUUCCACAAGGCUAUAUUCACCGCAUUUUACAACAUUUUGCAACCAAACUUUGCAAUUUUACUAAUUUUAGGAUGCUCUUUUGAGCUUUAGGCCAAAUAAAAAAAAAUACUUGGUUAGCGUCACCGCCCGCCUCUCGAUUUUCUGCCGCCUCUGAAUUUUUUUUUAUUUUUUUUUAUGUAAAUCUCUUCGUUUUACAGCUUAAAACAGUUUAAUAUUUGAAAUUUUUCUCAUGCUCAGACCUUCGCGCUAUAUACUGAUCGAUAGGAGCGCGUAGGCUUGGGUAUACAAGGUUCUUAACGCAAAAUGGCGGCCUUCGCAACAUCAGUACAAAAAAUAUCACCGAUAUGGUGGAAAAACCGCCCCCCAUCCCCUCCAAAAAUACUAUUAAAAAAUUAAAAAACGAGUAAAAAUUAAAAAAAAAAUUCGCCCGCCCGCCUCUGAAAAUUUGUGAGAGUGUGACGCUAACCAAGUAUUUUUUUUAUUUGGCCUUAAUGAUAGAUUUUGUUCUUCUUGUUUGGUUAAAAAAUUAGUCGAUAACUGGAAUAAUCUAUUAUCCUCACUAUGACGUGACAUUGAACAAUGACUUUCUGAAAAACUUCAAGAUCUUCGGUGAUAUCCCGAUAUUGUGCAUUGUAAUCAUAAGAUCGUGUACAUAUGAUAUGUCAACAGUUUUUUUCUCCGAAAUCCAUUAUGCAAAGUAGGGCAAAGUAUCUUUAUUAGUCAUUUUGAAUUUUCUUUAGAAUGCUAUCAUAAAAAAAUGGUGUGAAAUUUCGUUGCAUAAACACUUUAAACUUUAAAAUGUUACUCCGUUUGUCGACUGUAUUUUUCAAAAUUUUGAAAUUAUUUUAGAUUUUGAUGGUUACGUUAGUAAAAACCUGAGCUUCAAAAUAUUUCCGGAUUUUCGUGUCUAAUAUUUAAAAACUCAAAUAUACUGUAUAUGGCCGUUGCAUGGAAAUAAAUGAGUUUACAAGUGUUCGGCAAAAAAAACCUCUUAUAAAACAGAUAAGUGUUCAGCUCGUAUUCUUUGUCAGGAAAGAAUGUAAAAAAAGAACAUAAACGCGAAAUUCAAAAGCAAUGACUUCAACAAUCAUUCUAUAAAUUAAACAAGCUUUCGUUGAUAGGAAUGCAAUUACCUGAAAAACAUAAGGAGAAUUUCGGUGUUUCGAGCGAAGCUCCUUCGUCUGGAGUAAGGGAAGCCUCACAUAUCGAUUUUUCCACGAGAAACGUCAUAUGUUCGUGGAGGGUUGCAGCUGUGACGUUUCUCUGUAAACAUCAUCGAAAAAUUCGAUAGUUUUUUCGAAAGCCUUAACAUUUCGGAAUCAUCUUUGCAGAGUAUAAAAAAGCUAACAACUUGAUACAAACACCAGUCUAUACAUUCGUAGUACCAUACCUGUUCUAUAUGUAUACAUUUAUAUUAUUACGCCUUCCUUGCAUUGAAAACACUUGCAAAGAAAAACGCGCUAAAAUUAUCAAUAUUUCAUGCAAGUUGUUUUGAAAAACGCUGGAAAUUUUGAAGUUUAUAUAUUUUAAUAAAGAAAGAUAUAUGUCAGCAGAAGAUGACAUAUUCCUCGCGGAAGCAUCGCCAAUAGCCGACCGUAGAAAAUAGUAGAAAAUUACCUUGUGUGUACUAAUACUAUAUUGAACAAAAUAUCGAUGACUAUGUGUGACGUUUCUAAGGGGGGUGGGGUGGGGGGGGGUCUCCAGAGAAACGAACAUAUGACGAUAUGUGAGGCUUCCCUAAGUAGACAAAGGCGUAUGUAGGUUACUUACUCCAGAGGAAGUGCCUUCGCUCGAAACGUCGAAAUUCUCCUUGUAUUUUUCAGGUAGUUGCAUCCCGACCAACGAAAGCUUGUUUAUACUAUUGACACACUACCUACACUGGCACAGACAGUUCAAAAUUCUUUAAAUUAACCUUUCUGAUUCAGUCGUAAAUUUAAUUUGUCAGGAUUUGAAGAAGUUUUUCAAAAAGUAUGGAGAAAUAGAAAGUGCAAGACUGAGAUCUGUCGUAAGUAUUUAUAACAGCCUGUUCUUUAUUUCACUCAAUAUUUUCCAUUUGAUCAUUAAAAUGUAAAUAGUUGAUAGGAUUUCGUGUUUUGUAAGCCGUUACGUAAACGAGAAAGCGUUUAUUACCGGCGUAUAAAAUACCGAAACGGGUUUUGAAAACGAGGCUCUAGCCGAUUUUUUCCACAUACUUUGGAAGUGUUUUAAGGUGGAUAUUCACUUGCAAGGAAAAUUUCGCUGUCGAAAUUUUUCGCUCAAGUUCUUUUGAAUUAGUAGAACUGAUUUAUUGGGAUGGUCAGAAUUCAAAAGAAAUCAAGCGAAAUAUUUAUUUGUAAGUGGAAAUCCACCUUUAUACACCGGUAAUAGACAGCUUUCGAGUUUGUUGCAGUAUAUACAACUGUACUUCUCAAACAGGUUUUUUUUGUUGAGUUAAUUUAUGGGCGUUUAUUAACGUGGCAUGGAUCAAGACGAUAUAUGCUGUUGGUUUCCUUCAUGAAAUAGUAAUAGGAGUUCCUCUUAAAAAAUGACUACUUUUUUUUCAAGGCAGUGCCAGACCUAAAGACAUCUAAGAAAGUGGCAGCUAUAAAGUACUGUAUUUACAUGCAGUAAAUUAUUUACUGCAUGUAAUUCUUGUUUUAUUUACAGAUUUUGAACGGAAUUUUGAUGUACUUUUCUUGCCUACAGCUGUAUCAGCAAUUAAUACUCCUUCUCCGAUUUACAGAAAGUCAUUUAAUCCGAAUCGGGACAAUAUGAAUGGAUAUGUUGUUUUCAAAGACAAACAAUCUGUGGAAAAAGCUUUAGCCAGGUGACUUUUUUUAUAGCCGUACAUAACUGUUCCAUGUCUGUCAGGGAUUUAAUAUACAGUCAAGUACUUUUCUACUACCAGUAUCUUACGGUAAGAAAAACUCAAGCUUCAAAAGUCAACUACUUUCUCCGUAGUUAUAUUUUGCAUAGUAUAUGCUUUGCAGAAGAAGUUAUGGCAAAUGUGAAUAAUUAAUCGUGAAAAAAAAGAAAGUACUUGAUUGUUGUAUAUUUUUCAACACGCCACUAUAGGCCUGUUUACACUUGCAAUUUUUCCUGCGAUUUUAGGUGCGAUUUUUGUCUUCCGAUGUAUGUGAAAGAGUAUAGAUGAGUAUGAAUGUUCUGAGUAUACUGUAUGUACCCUCGUCUCAACAUUCAAAAUUCUUCCACUCGUUCGCAUGGCUGCAGAAAGUAGGAAGCAAUGGAGCGACGCUACCUCCAAAGUCUAAAGGGCUAACUCCAAACCAAAAUAUAUACACUUGAGUAACUUGUAUAAUUCAAAACUAACUGAGUUGAAAUAUGAAUUGUGGAGUUACUGGCUAACUGCAAAAAUCAUUUGGAGCUAGGUAUAUUUCUCCAAAAAUCAUGAAAAAGCUAGGUAUCUAAGCCUUGAGUUUUGAAUUUUUCUAUGGAAGCCCCUAGUGGCACACUUGGCAUUUUGUUCUCAUUCAGAGGCUAACGUCUGUAUUCUAAAAGCUCACUCACACUCAAUGAGUGGAGGUUCAAUUUGAGCUUCCCUUGAGUGUCAAUGCUGUUUUCGAAUAGCUGGAGGAGGGUUCGUGUUGUACCUUACUAUGUGACUACUCGCCCUCCAGCUAUUCAAAAACAACAUUGACACUCGAGAGAAGCUCAGAUUGAACCUCCACUAAUUGAGUGUGAGUGAGCUUUUAGAAUACGGGCGUAAAUCUGCAGUUGCGACGCAAACCAUUCCCGUACACCUCGACCCUCUUCAUGCUCUGUUGAGUCUUGACCGCUUGUAAGACGUGCUCUGGGUACGAGAAUGUAGCGUAACCUAUAGCUAGCUCCAUUUGAAGAUUGGCUACCUCCACAAAAAUAAAAUCUACAGGUAUGCUCGUUCACAUCCAUCAGAAGGAGAAAAUCGCGACAAAAAUUACAUGUGUAGACCGGCCUUAUUAUAAAAUCCGGAUUUUUGGGCAUCUCACUAGAUUGAACUAAUGUUGAGGGAAUUUUUUUAUGAAAAUUUCGAGUGUGAAAUUUAUAUACAUCUAUUUCGACCUAACUAUAGGGGUGCAGCUGCGACUAAUGCAACCUAUACUGCCCUGCGAUUCAGGUGCAGCACGUUCUAAUCAACUGAGCUACAGAGUCCAGUUGUCGAUUCCUGUCAGAGGGCUUAUAUACAUUGUAAUUUCAAAAGAGUCAAAAUGAACUCAAAAGAGUCGUUCUGGGGUCAAAUUUCAUUUUGACUAUUUUCAAUUUACAGUGUGAUGAGUAUAUAGAAUAGGUCACUUUCUUCGACAGACAGCAUAUGGUUAUUUAAAUAUACGAUAAACCCUGUAUCAAGCUUUUUUAGUGCAGUCAUGUUUAGGGUGUUCGAGGAGGGGAGAGGGGGCAAAUCAAGAAGGGUGGGGUAUUGUUUUGCCUGAAACGCAG